GGAAGUCAAAUAUUUAGAGUAUGCCAUUUACAAGCUCCAAGAAGAGUACAAAAGUACGGAGACUCAGUUCAAAUCUGUGCUGAGCAACUACGGGCAGAAGGUGAAAAGCCUUCAAAAUGAGAGGGAUUCUGUAAGACAUGUUUAGCAUAAUCUGUUUCUCUUUCAAGUUGCAGAAGGAGUGCGAAGAGCUGCGAGACAAGCUUGUUUCGUCAAGUCACAAACUCUCGAAGUUGGAAAGUGAUUUGAAUCAGUUGAAUUUGUCUAGAAGAUCAGAAUCCACUCACACCUGCCACUCAGGUCAUGGACUUCCUAGUUCCGGACAUUCCAAUAUGUCACCAGAUACUCAACAUCGAAAGUUUCCUAGAUGUUCACCUGACUCAACACGUCCAAGUCCAUUUAGUGGGAACAGCCGGUGCUCUCAGAUGUCUUUCUGCAGACGACAAGAACCCACCACAUCCACCAACUGUUUUCUUGCCAACAGUUCACGUCAAUCAACACCCAAUCUAGUAUUCCCUAAUCACUUCCUCAAUGGCGGAAUACGAAACUUAACCAACAACCCCCGGAAACCGCUUUAUAAAUGAGAAU